AUUAAUAGAUCAUGUUUGUGCAUGACAUACAAAAUAAAACACCUACAAGAAAUCAAACACUUGUGGUUGAUGCAAACAUGUCAACGAAGCAAGCAAAGGGAAGAAAAACAAAGGGGAAGCAAAAGAUCGAGAUGAAGAAGGUGGAAAACUAUGGAGACAGGAUGAUUACGUUCUCGAAACGUAAAGCCGGAAUUUUCAAGAAAAUGAACGAGCUCGUAGCAAUGUGUGACGUUGAAGUGGCUUUCUUGAUUUUCUCUCAAGCCAAGAAGCCGUAUACAUUCGCACAUCCGUCUAUGGAGGAAGUGGCUGACCGGUUAAAGAACCCUUCGAGACAAGAACCAUUAGCGAAAGAUGAUACGAGACCCCUCGUGGAAGCUUAUAAGAAACGAAGGUUCCAUGACCUCAUAAAAAAAAUGCAGGCGCUCGAGGAGGAGCUUGCGAUGGAUCUAGAGAAGUUGAAACUGCUGAAGGAAUCGAGAAAUCAAAAGAAGUUAGACAAAAUGUGGUGGAACUUUCCUUCGAAAGGCUUGAGCGUGGAGGAGCUGAAGCAAAGGCACCAAGCGAUUGUCGAGUUACGUGAUAACUUAUGCGACAAUAUGGCUCUCUUACGAUUGGGAAAAGACGGUAGUGGUUCAUCUUCUGGUGGUGUUCGUCUGUUCUAUCGUGAAGCAUGAUCAUACAUAUUCUUACUUGAUGAUUUAAAUUUCUUCGUAUACUGUAUGAGCCGUCUCCAUUUGACGAAGCUCGAUCGUCUCGAGUAUAUCUCUAUUAUCUAACGGAGUUGAGAAAAAAGAGUUUCAGUUUUC